AUGAGGCUGGAGAAGAACCUCCCUCAUGAGAUAGACCUUGAAAUUCUCAAGAGAUUGCCAGUGAAGCCUCUCAUGAGAUUCAAAUGCAUCUCCAAAUUGUGGCUGUGCACUAUCGAUGAUCCUGACUUCGUGGCCAUGCAAUUGAAGCAAUCCACACUCAAUGGAACGAAUUGGUAUGUUCUUCUCAUGGAUUGGAACUUUUCUCGCCAUCCUAUGAGCUCUCUGUAUCCAGAUAAGUCCAUUACUGUGGCUUCUCAGUCAGAAGUCGAAGUUCCAUUUAUUAGCCCUAUGGGCAAUUAUAGGGUCGUGGGUUCGUGCAAUGGAUUGACUUGCGUUACUUACGCUAAUCCUGAAGAUGGCAAUCUGAUGAUAUUUAUGUGGAAUUUAUUCACUAGAAAGUACAAGGCGGUUCAGAGUUCGCCUCUGGAUUUUGUUGACACUCAUAUGGUUCUAGGAUUUGGAUACAGUGACAAGAUAAAUGACUACAAAGUUAUUAGGAUUACUUAUUUUCAUGAUAAAUAUAGAGGAUACUUGGGCAGAUUAGAACGUGAAGUUGAUAGCCUUAGAACAGAUUUGUGGCGGACAGUCGAAUUCGACAUUGGGUGCGAGUUUAGCGACCUCUCAACAGUCUCUCUCAAUGGAAAUUUGAAUUGGAUCUUGAUCAAUGUCGAUGAAGGCCAUUGCUGGUGUUAUGGAUCGAUAAUUACAUUUGAGCUAGCAUAUGAGGUCUUCAACAAGAUGGCGCUACCGAAGAGCUAUCUCGUUGGAGUCACAUACCACCGUGCUUAUCUAGCAGUUUUAAACAGCUCGCUGGUGUUGCUGAUUCAUCACGUGGACCCGAGAGGUCAAUUGAACGAUAAGUGUUACAUUUGGAUUAUGACGGAAUAUGGCGUGCCCGAGUCGUGGACUAAGCUGCACACCUUAGAUCUCAAUGAAGGAGUGUCGAGAUUUCAUGGCUUCACGAGGAGCAGCGAGCUUCUUAUGGAGAUGUACCAACAUGAGUUGAUUUCGUGGAAUCCGAGCGUGGGACUUACGCGACUCCUUUGGACAUUGGGGGCAUUUGAUUUAGUGACUGUGGUGGAGAGUCUGGUUACUCCAUAG